AUGAAUGAACCUGAAAAAUACUUUGAGUUGAUUAGAAGGGCCGAGACACUCUUUGAUUACAAGGUGUAUGAUGAAAGGAAAAGAUGCAAAUUGGCUGAAUUAAAACUGGCCGGUUAUGCUAGUCUUUGGUAUGAUAAUCUAAAGAAGAAGAGGCAUAAGGAGGGGCAUGCAAGAAUCUCAACUUGGGAACAAUUCAAGAAGCACAUGAAAAAAAGGUUCGUACCUAGUGAUUAUAUUCAAGAUGUUUAUCUGAAGAUGCAACUUUUUAAACAAAAUUCUAUGACUGUUGAGAAUUAUAUUGGUGAAUUUGAAAAGUUAUGCAUGCUAUGUGGCUUAGAAGAGAUUGUUGAGCAUAAGAUUGCUAGAUUUAUUUCGGGGUUGAAUGAUAAUAUUGCUGAAAAAGUUGAAUUGCAACAAUAUCGGUCCUUUGAUGAUGUUUGCAAGGUAGCUUUGAAAGUUGAAAAACAAAUAAAGGGGAAGAAAGGGACGUACACUAAGCCCUUUGUAAAAGGUUUCACUAAACCUUUUGAGAGGAACAGCUUGGAGAAAAGUGGUUCUAGUUCGAACUACAAGGAGACUAAAUCAAAAUUUGAAGCUCCUACAAAGCUUGUUGAAGAUAGGAAGUGCUUCAAGUGUGGUAGUGUUGGUCACAUUGCAACUAAUUGUCCAUCAAAAAGAGUAAUGACUACUCAAGAGUGGGAGCAAGAACAAGCUAAGUGUGAGCAAGGUAGUGACUAUGUAGAAAAGAACGAAGAGGAAAACUUUGAAGAAGAGGAGGGGCAUAUUGACGAAAUUGAUCCCGAGACUCAUGGUCAAAGUUUGGUUCUAAGAAGGGCACUACACUCUAAAACCGUACCUAUGGAAAACAAUCAAAGGGAGAAAAUCUUUCUUACAAGGUGCAAGGUAGAAGAUAGGUUGUGUGACAUGAUCAUAGACACGGGGAGUUGCACUAAUGUGGUAUCUACUACUUUGGUAGACAAAUUGAAGUGGCCAACUACUGAACAUCCAAGCCCUUAUAAGCUUAAUUGGCUUAAUAAUUUGAGUGAUGUUAAAAUAACUAAACAAGCCUUAAUCUCCUUUUCAAUUGGUAAAUUUCAUGAUAAAGUUUUGUGUGAUGUUUGUCCUAUGGAUGCUUGUCAUAUACUAUUAGGCCGUCCUUGGCAAUAUGAUAGAUUUGUGAAGUUUGAUGGAAGGACUAAUGUGUAUGUUGUGAGAAAAGGAGAAAAACAGAGACCGGUUGCUUUAAAACCUUUGAUAAGCAACAAAUCUUCUAAUGUUACCUCUAAUUUGAAGAGUUCUUAUUUGAUUAGUGAGAGGGAAUUAGAAAAAGAGAUUUGCAGCAACAAUGUGGUAUAUAUACUUGUUUCUAAUGAGAUUCGAAUUGAUCAAAAUAAACAAGAAAAGAGGUCGUAUGAAUUGGAAUCUGUUUUAGAAGAAUUCAAGGAUGUCUUUCCUAAGGAAUUACCUCCGGGACUACCUCCUAUUCGUAGGAUAGAGCAUCAAAUUGACUUGAUUCCGGGAGCACCACUAACUAAUAAGGCAGCCUAUAGAAGUAGUCAGGAAGAUACAAAGGAGAUGCAAAGGCAGAUUGAAGAUCUUAUGGCUAGAGGAUACGUGAGGGAAAGUAUGAGCCCUUGUGCCGUGCCUACUUUACUUGUCCCAAAGAAAGAUGGGACUUGGCGCAUGUGUAUUGAUAGUAGGAGUGUGAAUAACAUCACUAUCAAAUACCGAUUUCCUAUUCCAAGGUUAGAUGAUCUACUUGAUUAA